AUGAAGAAGUGGUCUGUGCUGUUUGUAAAGACAGCAUUGCAUCGGAGGAUAAGGUCAGGAGCUUACCCUGUUGCCAUUACUACCAUCAGGACUGCAUUGUGCCCUGGUUGGGCAUUCGAAAUACAUGCCCGGUUUGCCGGUAUGAGCUGCCCACGGAUGAUCCUGAUUAUGAAAGGAGCAAGUGUGAAAGGGCUACAAGUGGUGAGCCAGGCGAUUCAGAGGUCAGGUUUGAGCAAUUUGUGUGAGAUGUUUAUAUAG